AUGGCUCAAAAUCGGGACCCAGCGUUCUGGCGACGCUUCUCCCUUGCCAUCCACCUGGAUGAGGAAUCCAAGGCUACCACCCCGGAAAAGGAAGUCACUAUAUGGUCGGAUAACUGGAUCAAGGGCCAGGAAAGGAAACGCAAACGAACCAUCCUCUGCGGCUUUCUGAUAUUCUUCCUCAUUGCGCUGUUUGUUGUUGGCGUGAUCGUGGUGGUCGUUUGGCUCAAUGCUCAUCACUGGCUACGGGAGACGUCGAGAUCAGCUUGA